AUGUCGUCGACGUCGGCCUCGGCUUCGGCUUCGGCAUCGAACAAUGGUCGUCACAAUAUCCGUCUUGUCAAAAAACAAGUCAAGGCUCAACCCGAGGAUUGGGCUCGGGAUACGUCGAACCCCGCAGAGUCCACCGAUGCGGCCAUCACGAGCCAGUGGAACCAACUUUUGGAAACCAAACCGUCCAAGGCGGCCCCUCAAUGGCGACAGCGAUAUCCUAACCCACCGAUCAGCGUGUCCUCUCCACUUACACCUCUCCCUGAAAGCUCUCCUCAAACCGAUAUCAUUGAAGGAUCUGCCGAUCCCCCCACCGACCCCGAGCAUCUGCAAGAGGGUAACGUCGCGAACAUGACAUCGGAGCAGAUUCGGAACAAGCUUGUCAACAAUGUAGCAGUUUCGGAUAAGCGACAGUCUGACAGCCAGAUGUCGAGCCGAUCCAAGGUUCUGAAGGAACACCUGCUCCCGGUUGUUCACCAUCAACUUGACGGUCAGUUUGAUCCAACCUUCGUCAAGCUGGAAGUUCAUCCGGAUCAAGCCAAAGAAGGUAAUGCUCUUCUAGAGCGUGGCAGGGUAGCCUACCGAUCAAAAGAGGCCUUGGACCUGAGACGGCAGAUUGCCAACUUCAACAAGAAACCCGCGGAGGAAACGGAAGACAAACCGUCACAGAAGAAAAGCGUAGAGAAGGCCGGGAGCAAAGCUGAAGCUAAAAGCAAAGAUGGCGAGGGAAGCAAAGCGAACAACAAGGAUUCAUCGUCUGCGAAGACUACUGAGAGAGAGAUCCGUCUGGCCCAGCUACAAACUCGUCUCCUCAACCUCGUCUCUCGUGCCAUGGUCGGCAAAUCUUACAGCGAUCUUCAUCACGAGAACGGGGACAAGCAUGUAGACUAUUCCACCAUGGCUCUCGGCAACAAGUUUCCGCAGAUUCGUGCCGAUAUCCUCACGUUGAAGGAAAGCCGGGCGGACUUGGUCACAGCGAGGCUGACAGCGAAUAAUAUUUGCGCUGCCGGAGCGACGAAGAUUGAAAGAAAUGAAGACAAGCUGAGGGGCAAUAGUGAUGAUUUGGCAUGUUAUUCGCUCACGUGCGUCCGAGAUACCCCGAUCGCCGGCACAGUCUACGGAUUCACCGCCUGCGGGCCCCUCUUUCGGCUCUGGUGCUACGAUCCGCUCUGUUACUCCUCGGGCUUGCCAUGCGACGUUUCGCCCGAUAACGACGAUCAAGAUCACAUCGACGACUUCCUCAAGAUGGUUGCCCUCUUGUGUGGACCCCUCGAUGUCCUGAUAUGUCACUGGAAACCGCGUGACCAGGCCUUCCUGGCUUUUCGAGACGACCCGGACGACCUCGAAUCAGAACCGUUGCAGAUCACCAACUGGAAGUCUUUAGUCAGCAAUAGACCUCACGGAGCGGUCUUCGUCCGCGAGCAGCUGAUCGGCCGACGCUCGACCGCUUUCGCCGGGAAAGGCACCAUCAAUGGCAAAGAAAAAGAUCUCGUCAUCAAACUGUCUUACCUCUCGAAAGACCUUUGCCGUCACGAGCAGAGGGUGACGAGGCACAUCCGCGAUUUCAAGUUCGACGAGCUGCUGGAUAGUGGCGUGGUCCGCGGUUUCGAACUCGACGAGAAUGACGUCUCCAACCUCAGGCGAGGAUACUCUCGUCUGCCCCGAUAUGUCGGUACCUUGGAUUUCGGCGACUAUGCCGCGAAACAGAUCGAUCAUGUCGAUGCUGAGACGGGUCUCACCGGGACGCUCUACCUGUCCGGCCUGGUAACCGAAGGCCUUCACGGCACGAUACUGAGCGCCAAAGCCCCGGAGGAUCAGACUAUGCAGGUGUACGGCGACGCCGCCCGCUGCCUGUGGGCAUCUGCGCUUUGCGACGUCUACUAUCGCGACCCGAAUCAAGGAAACAUCUUGCUGCAUGCCGAAGGUGGUGGAAUGCUGAUCGAUUUUGGCAAUGCCGUAAUCAGAAGCCUUACCGACUCGGCCAUCACGCUUUAUCAACGUAGCAGCAGGCUCGAGGAUGAUGCCCGCUCAGCCAACCCCUACUUCAUCUCUCUCGUUUCGGAUGAAGCUGGAUUCAAAGCUCAAGUCUACACCGAGGCUCUCACAGCCUGGGAGAAGAUAAAGCAUAAGUCUGAGGGGGAUCCCGACCGUCUUAAAGCGGAAAAGAAACUCCGCGAUGCGGAAAGACAAAUCGACGAGUUUCGUGCACCGAGAUUUUUCGAUGAUCUUGAAUCCAUCAUUUAUUGCCUGCUUCACCAGCUGGGCCGUCACCAGGAGAAAUUCAGUACUAAAGGCGAGGUCAUCGCAGCCAACCCGGCGGAGGCGAGCUUGAUCUCGGAUGGUCCAAAAAGGAAAAUGUGGACCCAACAUUAUCUCCACCCGGUGAUGGAUAACUUGAAACUGCAAAGCGGGAACGAGGAUGCGAUCAUUGCGUCGGCAGACCACAUCAAAUCGGCCGGCGUGGUCUUUCUCGACACCUAUCCUAUCGAGGUUUCGGAGCAGUCGGGACAGUCAAGGCGAUCCGAUCCGGAACUAUCCACCCCGACCGACAAUACCUGUUUCCGGGAAGUGAUCAAGGAAUUUCCCGCCGUGGAAUCGUACUCCCCCAACACCUUGCCAACAACGACCUCGGAUGCUGGGGCCCCGAAGAGGCCAAUCUCUGCCGUGACCGAUUCUUACCAACCACCAGCCACUCGACCACGAAAGUGAUCCCGCGAGCAGCUGCACUCGUCUACCUUGAUCCUGUCAAGCGUGUCGUUCCGAGCCUUGGGAUCUCAGCCUCCUGAACCCGUUCCGUUAGACAUAUCUUUCCCGAGAUCCGAUCCCUACCGACCGGGUUGGCGAUACUUUCAUCUCCCUGUUACGAUCAUCCGAUUACGACUUCUGUUUUUUUUCUUCCCAUCUAUACCCAUAUGCUACCUGUUCUACAUGUAUGUCCUCGCACACUCCGACGACCGUCGAACCCUGCGACAACCCCGAACAUGGGGCGAAAUAUGCUCCGCGCGAAAUGACAUGUAUCCGGAUCGAUCCAUCCGCAUAGUCGGAAAGUGUUUCACAAGUCGAUUCGUUUAUCGGCAGUGUAGGGUUCAACUCGGCACGCGCUCACCAAGCGGAGCGGCCGGGAUCAUGGUCUUGGUCGAGAGACGACUCGGAUCGACCAAGAAAUCGAACCGGGUCAGUU